UCGAGUGGGUGGUGUUAAUCCUUUGUUCCGUUUCGUUCAGUUGAGCUGUUUGGCUUUUGAGAGUUUUUCUCCCUUUAUUUUCGGUUCGCAUAGCCCUUUGUUGAGGGAUGUAAUUGGCCUUCUGCUAAGUUUUGGAAAUGUAGGACUUGCGUUACAAUGGGGACGCAAGCUUUGCCGUCAGAUUCCAGUGCCCCCUGCCUCGUCAUAGCUGAAGAAUCCUGCGCAGAUUGACUUCUACAAGGCUGGGUUUCUUCAUCUGUAAAGGACUAUCCAUGGACACCCAGAAGGACGUUCAACCCCCAAAGCAGCAGCCAAUGAUAUAUAUCUGCGGAGAAUGUCACACAGAAAACGAAAUAAAAUCCAGGGAUCCAAUCAGAUGCAGAGAAUGUGGAUAUAGAAUAAUGUACAAGAAAAGGACUAAAAGAUUGGUGGUUUUUGAUGCUCGAUGAAACAUGGAGUUCAGAGGAUUAUCUUCGUUUGUACCUGGAUUUGCUGUUAAUGUUGUAUAGCCUUUGAUUAGUGUAUAUAUCUUUAUGAAUACAAAUACACAUGAUUUCAUUUUAAAAUCCAUCUUGUAUUUAGGUAUCAAUAGUUUCUAUAAAGAAAAGCUUUUUGUUCAAUAAUUGAUAAUAAUUUACUUUUAUUGUAUAUAUAAUCUGACACAGGGUGAAAAAGUGCUUCCUUAAACCACACUUUUAAUCAAGGCUUAGAAUCUUGUGGGGGCCUUGUUAAAAAUGAAGUUUUCUAGGGCUCUUUGAAGAUCUGAUUAAGUAAGUUCCUUGGAAACUACUGUUUUACAUCACCAAGUCUGUAAACUCUCCAGCAUCAUUUUGUUCUGUGUAUACUAAUGUACUUAGCAUGAAUGCAUUAUUUUGAGUUAAAUUUUUCAUUUUUCCUUGA